UGCAAAUGGCAUUCCUUUCCUAUCCUCACAUUUUUAUGAAACAAACAGACCCUUCAUUGGCAACAUUUCUCUCUUUCUUAAAUUCUCUCUAUGUACAGAGCAAAUCAAUGGCGAUCAAGUCCUUCAUUUACAACCCUGUCCAAACCCACCACACUAGCAUCGUUCUUCGAUCAGCAAUCGCGUCGAGACUCAUCCUCAUAACCCUAAUCAUCCUAUGGAGGUCUCUCUUUAGCCCCUACGACACCUCCGCAUCCGUAAACCCUAAUUGCCUAUUUUCCAACACCACCACCAACCACCCCAUUCGCCUCCCUCACAUCGCCUCCUCAAUCGAGGACAGUAUCGUAUGGGACAGUGUGUACUUCGUACGCAUCGCGCAAUGUGGAUAUGAAUACGAACAGUCCUACGCGUUCUUGCCUCUUCUUCCCAUUUGCAUUUCUUUGUUGUCUCGAACAGUUUUUGAGCCAUUGAUUCCACUUAUUGGACAUAGAGCUGUGCUGGGAUUAUCUGGCUAUGUACUCAAUAACACUGCGUUUGUUUUUGCUGCUCUUUGUCUUUACAGGCUAUCGCUUAUUAUUUUGAAGGACCCAGAUUCAGCCUUGCGAGCAUCAAUUUUAUUUUGCUUCAAUCCAGCUUCAAUAUUCUACUCAUCAAUAUAUUCUGAGAGUCUGUAUUCCCUGUUAUCUAUUGGAGGAUUAUAUUAUCUAAUGUCUGGUAAAAUUAAUUUUGCAACUCUUUUGCUUGCUCUCUCUGGAUCUGCAAGGUCAAAUGGGGUGCUUAAUGCGGGAUAUAUUUGUUUUCAGACUAUGCAUCAGGCUUAUGAUGCUAUCUUCCUCCGAAAGCAUGCUUUUUUGGCAGUCAAGGUUAUUACUGCUGGAGCUUUGCGUUGUCUGUGUACUUUUGUUCCGUUUAUUGCUUUUCAAGCAUAUGGAUACUACAAUAUGUGUCUUGGACAUUUUCCAGAUGAACUGAGGGCUUGGUGCAAGGCAAGACUUCCUUUACUAUACAACUAUAUUCAAAGUCAUUAUUGGGGAGUGGGUUUAUUGAGAUAUUUCCAACUAAAACAGUUGCCAAAUUUCCUGCUCGCAUCUCCCAUACUGUCUUUAGCGCUUUGCUCAAUCAUCCAUUAUGUGAAGUUGCAGCCUGAAAUUUUUUUCUCACUUGGUUUCCUAGCUUCUCCUGAGGAUAAAACCUCUUCUGCUGUGCUUAUUUCUUCGGGGGUGGAUGCAAGAUCAAACAGCACUUACUUUUCGAGAAAACUUUCUUCCAAAAUACAGAGAGGCAAAAAUAUAAUGUUGUACUGAAGCGCUUGGUGGGUAACCAAUCAUCACACUCUUCAUUGAUCGAACCACUUAGUUCAUCAUUUUUGCAUGGAUUUAAUUCUUCACAUUGCAAGUGGCUGAGCUGUAAAGAAUAAUUUGGGCACUGGUUGAACUAGAUUAUUUUUAUCCUGUACUUUUCAGUUUGUCAUUUAUUCCUUAUAGUAGCGCAUGUACCAUGAUGCUAUCAUGAAUGACAUUUUCAUGUUGGAAGUAUCCAAGUCUGCUGCCCAUUAUUUUAUCACCUACUAUAAUGUUUCCUUUAUUUUCUCCAGUGCAAUCAUUUCAAUUUUUUUGAUUUGAGAUUACAUACAAGAAUACCAUCUAAGAAAUUGAUUUUGUGGAAACAUCAAUUGAUAGAUAUGAAAGUCACAUUGAAUUUGCUUAACUGGCGGAUUUUCUGUGCAAUGUUGCUUCCAAGUUGUAUCAGUUAGAAAUCUUCUCUUCUGGUUUGAUAGAAGAUACUUGGGGAUACUUUUAUUUUCAGCGAUAUAUCUAAUUUCAGGUUUGGGAGAAAAUUUGAUGGGUAUGUAGGAUCAUGGCCUUUUUGUUUGAUUUGGUAUUUUUAUAAAGAGGUGAGUUUUUUAAAUUUUGGAGCAAUUCGGAGGGUCUAUGUUGAAGUGGUUGAUAGGUAUCGACAUAACAUUAUGUGUUUUUCCCCAUACACCUAACCUAUGUGAUUUUUAUUUCAGUCGAGUGCAUGAGUUAGCUAGUGCCUAUCCUUUCCUUUUUGUUUAUAGUUUAUUAGAGAUGAUAGGCAACACUAGGAAGUACAAAGUGUAAAACACCAAUUAGUUACCGAGAAAAACUUGGAAUCUUAUGACUGACUUUCUGAUCGUAUACCACCCUUCCCCUAUCGACUCCCCCAAGCCAAAUCUGUUAUAAUAUUCCAAGUUUUCAUUUAUUUUAGGGUAAAAUGCAAUAAACCCCCCCUGAUUUAUUGUCAUUUUGCAACAAACCCCCUUGAACUACAACACCCCCCCACCCAAAACUAUUAAUUUGUUACAAGAAAUCCCCUAAACUAUUGAUAUGUUGCAUUCUGGUAGGUGACUUGGUCGGAAAUAUUAAAAGAUUAGUUUACCCUUAAUUAAAACUACUUAGUUUUGAGAGUUAUACCCCUAAUUGAUGACGUGGCAGUUGAUAAUUUCAUAACCCAGUCAAAAUGACAACAACGCCAACCUUAAUCUUCAAAAAAAAAAAAAAAAAAACUUACUUUUGGUUAAAGGAUAACAGGCUUGUCCCCCCAAGCACAGCCUUAUGCCCUCUGUCACUGUUCAUCUUCUUCCAUACACAUGGUAUCAGGGUGUGGAUGGGGUGUUUAAAAGGUGUUUGGGUUUAAUAGUUACAAUAAUUGGCAUUAGUGUCUUUUCAAGUUCACAAGGGUAUUAUGGUCAUUAAAAUUAUAGCGUAUGUCAUGUGACCGUCAUGUAGUCACUGUUCCGGCAAGAUCUGACCGGAACAAUAAUAGAUGGGGCUAUCUGCAAUAAAAUGCAUAGUUUAGGGGGUUAGUUGCAACUUUAGUAGUUCAAGGGGUUAGUUGCUGAUUCCUCGAUAGUUCAGGGUUUUUUUUUUUUUUUUUUUUU